ACACGUAGGACCGUAACAGAAACAUAAAUACUGAGCGAUUUUCCUCUGAAAACCCCAGAGGAGAAAACAAAGGGAAAAUAAUUCGAAAAAAUGGCACAUUUGAUGAAGAACUUGAAGGUGCCGCCGAACUCGACGAGUCGGGAGGAAGCUCGGAAAAGGACCUUCGAUUUCUUCAGGUUGGCCUGCAGAUCCAUCCCAAACAUUAUGGAAAUCUACAACCUCGACGACGUCGUUACCCCCUCUCAGCUACGCUCCACUGUAGCCUCUGAAAUCCGCAAGAAUGCCCACGUCACCAAUCCCAAGGUUAUUGACAUGCUGCUCUUCAAGGGAAUGGAAGAAUUAAAGAACUUUGUUGAUCAUGCAAAGCAGAGGCAUCACGUUAUUGGCCAAUACGUGGUGGGUCGUAAAGGACUUGUGCAAGACCUUGGACAGGGAACCGUCACUUUCUUCAUCAACCUCAGACUAACAACCAUCAGUUGA